AUGGAAAUACUAUCACGCUGUAUAAUAUUGGGGCUUUUUAAAUAUUCAUCAUAUCAACUUCUUCGAAGGAUCAUCGAUAGUAAAAACCCCAAAUACCCUGUGGGCCAAUACGUCAUAGGUCAAUUCGGAUGGAGAACUCACACCAUCGCCACUGGAAACAUUUUGGGUAUGACUGGUAGAGGAAGAGCACCGACUCUAGUCCCCAAACUUGGAGAUCUACCGUUAUCUCUUGCACUCGGAGCCGCUGGAAUGGUGGGCAACACAGCCUAUUUUGGUCUGCUUGAAUUGUGUAAGCCCCAAGCGGGAGAAACAGUUGUCGUUUCUGGAGCAGCAGGAGGUGUUGGCAGCCAAGUUGGACAGAUUGCCAAAAUCAAAGGAUGUAGAGUAAUAGGGAUAGCAGGAUCCAAUGAAAAAGGCAAAUGGUUAGUAGAUGAACUUGGAUUCGACCAUUUUAUAAACUACAAAACCGACAACAUAGAUGAGGCCCUCAAGAAAUUUGCGCCUGAAGGUGUAGACUGUUACUUUGAUAAUGUUGGUGGAGAAAUAAGCAGUACUGUUAUUCAAAAUAUGAAUAAAUUUGGAAGGGUAUCAGUUUGUGGCGCUAUUUCAGGCUAUAAUGAAAAAGUUAAAGCUCCAUCAAUAUAUGGAAAAGUAGUGAGCAGCGAAUUGGUAAUCGAAGGAUUUCUUGUAACUAGAUGGUUGGAUAGAUGGAAUGAAGGAGUGCAGCAGAAUAUAAAAUGGCUGAAAGAAGGAAAACUCAAAUACAAGGAAACCGUAACAGAAGGAUUUGAAAAUAUGUUUACUGCUUUCACUGAUAUGUUGAAAGGUGUCAACACAGGAAAAGCAAUCGUCAAAGUGUAGUUAAUGCCAAAAUAUAUAUAUAAUCAAACAGAGCUCGCAUUAAGAAUAUUACCAAAGAAAUGAAAUAAUUUGGAAAA